AAAUCAGCAAAUGUCAGGAGCCAAGAUUUGGAUUUGCUAUUUGCAUCAUUUCGCAAAAUCUUAAGUAAAGCCAAAGUUUGAAGCUAAAAAAAUUGAAUUUUAUCAAAUCACAUUAUAAUUAAUUUCCGAUUAAAUGGUGAGAAAAAGUUAAACACAUAAAAUGUUUAAAGUAUUUUGUAAAAAUCCAUGUUGUCAGUUCCGCAAAUUAUUCUAAAAUCGCGAAAUUAUUUUAUUUACGCAUAAACGAAUUAUAUAAGUAGAACGAAAAAUCGAAAAAAGAAAGACGAGAUGUAUCAGGUGCAUAAAAAAAGAAUGAGUUUGCAUGAAAUAAAUGUUUUGAAGUUCAAUAUUGUUUGAGAACACCUUGGAAUGAAUCACCAUGACAAUGAUCUUGGUACAGAGUCAACAAUUAACACAAUAAAACAAAACUCUAAAUUCGCAGGUCUAAGUAAUGCUGCAGACACCAAGGACGUUUACAUUUGUAUGGGAAACUGAGCAAAUGAGGAAGCUUACAAAGUCUCAACGAACCCUUUGUAGUAAUAGAGGAUGACCUAGAGUGGGAACUAAACUUCGUUAACAUAAAUCUAAUACUUUAUAAGUCUGAUGUCCUGAGAACAGCCUCAAAAUAAAAGAAUAACACACAAAAAACACAAAUAACGAAAGAAAUUAACUCGACCAACCUAAAUAUAAAUAACUACCACAAGUAAAAAUGGGCAGCAAUACUUACAUUAAGACCAUCGAAUGGGACAUGAUGGACAAGAAGAAGUUCUUCCCGCUGUCCAUGCUGAGUUCCUUCUCAGUACGUUGCUGUCUCUUCCCGCUGACAGUGAUCAAAACUCAACUUCAAGUGCAGCACCGGAGUGACCUGUACAAGGGCAUGAUCGAUUGCGCUUUCAAAAUAUACAAAUCCGAAGGUGUUCCAGGUUUGUACCGAGGUUUCUGGAUAUCCUCGGUUCAGAUUGUUUCAGGAGUUUUCUACAUAAGUACAUACGAGGGUGUGAGACAUAUACUCAACGAUUUCGGUGCUGGACACCGAAUGAAGUCUCUUAUAGGAGGCGGAUGCGCCUCAUUGGUCGGCCAGACCAUCAUAGUCCCAUUCGAUGUGAUAUCCCAACACGCUAUGGUGCUGGGCAUGGGAAAGUCCCACAUGAAUCCUUUAGGAAUUAAUACUGGACCCAACAGGAGUAGGCUUAAUAUUUCAUUAGACAUUGCCAAAGAGAUUGUCCGAAGAGAUGGAUUCAAAGGUUUCUAUCGAGGUUAUACAGCCAGUCUGAUGGCCUAUGUGCCGAAUUCGGCACUAUGGUGGGUGUUUUAUCACAUGUACCAAGAGGAAUUAUGUCGAGUUUGCCCACCGUACGUGUCGCAUCUCUUAAUUCAAUGUGUAGCCGGUAGCUUGGGAGGUUUUACUACAACUGUUAUUACAAAUCCAUUGGAUAUAAUUCGGGCGCGAUUACAGGUGCAACGGUUGGAUUCAAUGAAAGUCGCCUUCAAAGACCUCUGGGCCGAAGAAAGAAUGAAUGUAUUCUUCAAAGGACUAUCUGCUCGGUUGGUUCAAUCGGCUGCCUUUUCAUUUAGUAUAAUCCUAGGUUAUGAAACAAUCAAGCGAAUAGCCAUAGACGAACAGUACAAACACCUUAUACGUUGGUAAAAAAUCUCUUAUCCACAAAAAUUGUUUAACAAAAAUAGAAAAUCGUUGAUUGUUCAACAUUAACAAUAUUUUGAGCACAAACAAAAAAAGAAAUAAUUAAAUAAACAUCUAAAUAAUAUUUAUUUUGCAUUUAUGACAAAGAACAAUAAAAGGAAACAAAUUAACACAGUAAUAGCCAUCAAUGGAAAUUUAAAGAGAUAUUUAUUCUAUAUAAGAAAAGAAGUCUUUCAAUAACCAAAGAGAUUUGAGCGCGCAUCGCCUGAUUAACGUCAUCCACCGGUGAAAAAUUAUAAAUUAAAUAAAUAUUAUUUAAUAAAUUUAUGUAUUUUAUACAAACAAAAAUAUAAAUGAAUUCAUAAACGGAAAACAAUUUUCAAAAAAAAAAAAACAAAUAAAUUGAAAUUAGGAUUAAGUUUUUGUUUCAAAAAGAAAAACAAUUUAUAUUAUUUGCAUUCCAUACGAGAUCUAUCUUUUCUUGAAAAACAAAACAUUUUAAAAGAUUGUACAGAUUACAUGAAAAUAACUUAAAUAAAGUUCUUAAUGCUUCGUUUAUAUUUGGCCUGUUAAACUUUUGUUGUAAUGAAUAAAAAAAAAAGUUUCUUUAAUGUUCGUAUAGCUCUUUGUCUUAAUUAACUAAUAGAAAAAAAUUGAAGCUGUACAAUCAUAAAACAACAAUAAAUACUUUUCACAAUGCUGUUCUUUAGUUUUUAUUUUGUACUAAAUUUCUUGUCAUAAAAUAUAAUUAAAUAAUUUAAUUUAAAUCCAAACAAUAAAAGAAAUAACUUUUUUUUACACAAUUUAUAGAAAAAGAAAACAGAAAAC